CCCCGCCGCACCGCCAUGGCCUCCCCGCACAAAGCCAAGGACGCCUUCUCCUCCGACGAGGAGGGCGCGGCGGCCGGCGCCGAGGAGCACCGCAAAGUCAAGGUGUCGAGCCUGCCGUUCAGCGUGGAAGCGCUCAUGUCCGACAAGAAGCCGCCCCCCAAGGAGCCGCCGCUGCCCGCGGCCGGCGAUGGCGCGGCCGUGGGCACCUCCAGGAACCUGCUGCUGGCGGGACACGGCUCCCGGGAGGCGCACAGCCCGCCCGGGCCGCUUACAAAGACCUUCGACACCGCCUCGGUCAAGUCGGAGAACUCGGAGGACGGCUCGUCCUGGAUCCCCUCGGAGGCCGGGAGAUAUUCCCCGCCGCCAAGACACCUGAGCCCCACUGCCUGCACCCUGAGGAAGCACAAGACCAACAGGAAGCCCCGCACGCCGUUCACCACUUCCCAGCUGCUGGCCCUGGAGCGCAAGUUCCGCCAGAAGCAGUACCUGUCCAUCGCCGAGAGAGCCGAGUUCUCCAGCUCCCUCAACCUCACAGAGACCCAGGUCAAAAUCUGGUUCCAGAAUCGGAGGGCCAAGGCCAAGAGACUGCAGGAGGCCGAGCUGGAGAAGCUGAAAAUGGCAGCGAAGCCAAUGUUGCCGUCGGGGUUCAGCCUCCCUUUCCCCAUCAACUCCCCCAUCCAGGCUGCCUCCCUGUAUGGCACAUCCUACCCUUUUCACAGACCUGUGCUUCCCAUCCCGCCCGUUGGACUCUACGCCACUCCCGUUGGAUACAGCAUGUACCACUUAUCCUAAGAAGAUCUGACAGACAAAGCUCAGACAGACAGACAGACAGACUUCCUGGUGGAUCCUGUCCAGCCCUGAGAAGGCAGAACCCCAACCAGUGCUGGCCAUUCCUUCUGCACGCUUCUAUCUGGCAUCCUGAGUUGUCUGGGAGUUUGCUACGGGUUGGGAGUCUCCUGAGAGUGCUCUGAGCGCUCAGAGUCUGCUCCUCAAAGCAAAA